AUGUUGAAUAGCCUUUGCAAGCGUCUUCUUCACACAAACCAGGUCAUCCCAUGACUCAAAGUUGCAGUCACUUCUGGCGAAGCCAGAAAAUACACAAUCGCAAAAGACAUUGAUACAGUCUCACUUUUUGCAAACAAAAAAGUCGUUCUUGUAGGUUUUCCCGGCGCUUUUACACCAACUUGCACAAAUCAUCAUUUGCCUCAGUUUGUAAAACUUCAUGGGAGUUUUUCUAACAAAGGUGUUGAAGUAAUUGGGUUGUCAAUAAAUGAUCCAUUUGUUUUGAAAGAAUUUGCCCAAGAAUUAGACACUACAAUACCUUUUAUUUGUGAUGGAUCUGGGGAAUUUACCAAAGCAAUAGAAGCCGGUGUGGAUUUAUCAGAGAAAAACUUAGGAUAUAGGACUAGAAGAUUCACAGCUCUUGUAGAAAAUGGAACAAUUACCUUGCUCAACGAUGAGAAUGGUGGGCAGCUAACUGAUAUUUCAUCAGCAGAAACCAUCUUAAAAUCGCUUUAA